GCAUGCCAAACCCACGCGCGUGCACGUGCGCAUGAAUGCGUGUGCGCGCAGGCGGAGGAUCGCCGUAGUCGAACCGUACCGUGCAGCAGGCACAAGCCGCUGGGCGCGCAGGAGAAGCCGCAAAAAAUUCGAGCAGCCGCUACUUGAACCUGCGAGGAGCGCGUCGGAACUUCAGAGUGCACGAGGCCAGAGAUCCAAAAUGGGAGGCAAGCUCAGCAAAAAGAAGAAGGGAUACAACGUAAACGAUGAGAAGGCCAAAGACAAGGAUGCCAAAGCAGAGGGGGCCUCUGCUGAGGAGAGCGAAGCACCGAAAGACAACAAAGACGAGGCGCCGGCUGCCACCGAUGCUAAGGAGAUAGCGAAUGACACGGCGGCUAAGGAUGCGCCAGCAGCAGACGCUGCUGCACCAAAAGAGGAGGAAAAGAACGCAGCUCCCGCCGCAAAGGAGCCAGAGAAACCUGCCGCCAAUGCCGAGCCGAAAACAGAGGCACCCAAGAGCGCAGAGCCCGCCAAGGCUGAGGAGAAACCAGCUGCUCCCGCCCCGGCCAAAGAAUCAGCCCCUGCCGCCAAGGAGCCCGAGGCUAAGGCUGCGGCACCUACCCCAGCGGCUGAGAGUAAAGAUGAGGCCGACGCCAAAAAGACUGAGGCCCCCGCGGCACCAGCAGCCAAAGCCGAGGCGGCCCCCGCUGCCUCCCCUGACCCCAAGCCCACAGAGGCGGCAGUGGCAGCGGCAGCUCCCGCACCGGCAAAGGAGGCCGCCGCAGCCCCUAGUACAACACCAGCUGCCGAGCCUCCCGCCAAGGAGGCAAACGCCACAGAGGCACCAAGCAAGGAUCAAACCGUAGCAGUUCAAGAUUAAUGGACAGCUUCUUUUCGGAAAUGAAAAAAAUAAAGUACCUAACUCAACGAUGAUGAAGAUUAAAAAAAAAGUGAAAAUGAAAUUAACUAGCCCACCCAUAUUAUGAUAAUAACAAUAAUAAUAAUAAUUGUAUUGAUGAUGAUUUGUUGAAUGAGGAGGACUGGAGCAAACCACCUGGAGAAGUUUCCCACCGCUGCAGAUGAUUAUUGCUAUUAUUAUUGUUAUGUUUGAUUUUAUUUUUUUCUGCUGUAGUAUUUGAACUUUGAUACGAGUCUGUGUCGGCCAUACGCCUCACCAUUCCACAUCCAUCAUCCCCUCUCCCUCAUACGGUCAAGAGGUUUAACCCAUCUCAGCCCACAGAGGGUUCAUGCAUCCACCUGCACCCUCUGCUCGGUGGAUCAAAAUUUGGGGACUAAGGGAAGGAGGUGGGCGCGGGGGGUAGUUCAAGAAAUCACUUUUACCAGCUGAACCAUCGAAUCUGUCCACUCUUCAGCUCUCAUCCUCCUCUUCAGAGUAUCGUGUCCUCGGCUUUGGCCUGGUACCUACAGUUUUUUGGUGCCGUGGAAUUGUGGUUGUAUCCCCUUUUCAACCCAUCCUCCCCCUGGCUUUUCUUCUUUUUUUUGGUAUUGCUGGGUUGGGUUGUUACCCAUUUUCCUCUCGGGGGCAACUUUCUCUGAGAAGAAAAAAAAAUAAAUUUUUAGCGAGGACUGAGAACAUUCUGACUUUCUAAGACAUUUCGAAGGUUGAGAAAGGCCGACUCUGCAGAGCAAAACACAUUCUUAGACGUAACAAAACAGUCGUAGGAAUUUUUCAGAUAAACUUCUAGAUUUUGUACUGAAACCGUUAGGUAUAUUGUAAGGGAACUAAGCGGUUUUUUAAUAUUUGUAAUACGCUUCUGAAAUCUGCAAAGCCUUGCCGAAAAGAUCUCUGCAGUGUUCUUAGACAGCCCGAUGGAAAUCUCUGAUCCUCCGUUCAAAUCCGAUGACAAAUUUUAACAGAUUGUUUUCAUUUUAAAAAGACAUAUCUACUGCUGACCUGGGUAAAAUGGGCUUUACAAUCAUGUCCUAGAGGUAAUUUGACCUUGCUUAGAAUACCAAGCUGGUGACGCUGGAGGAUUCAAAUCGCGUCGGUUAAGUUGCGUCUUUAAAAAGAAAGUAAACUAAAUUGGCUCUUAAGCUCUUUUCUGUUCUUCUUCUGUGCAAGAACGACUUCACUUUUUUAAGUAAAAGUGGCAUACCACAAAGUAGACAUACAGUAGAUAUACUGUAAGUAAAAGUCCUGCACUCUACUUAAGUUGAGGAUUAGCAGCUAAAUAUACUUAAGAGGCAAAAGUAUAUUGAUAUAGAGGACAGUGGUUCCCAACCUUUUCCCUACAGUGACAUAUUUUAUGGGUAUGUCAUAUUAUAUUCAGUGCAUAACAAUAACAGAAGUCUGUAUUAUGAUUUAUUUUAUUUAUUACAAUUAAACAGACUUAUAGGCCUCUUUCUUUUUGACAAAUUCAGUGUUUUCUUCUCCCUGACACUUGUUUUAUUAGCUCUUUAGUCUACUGUGAUAAUCAGCCUUCUGUGUAUAUUUUUAAAGUUUUCUUACACCCCUUAGAAUCAAGAAGGCCUUGCGACCCCCUGUGAAGCUUUGGAGACACAUAAUGGGGAGGUUAGGAACCACUGAUAUAGAGGGCAUUGGUGCCUACCACAUGUUAUUGCAUUGGUAAAGAAAAAUCACAAAAUACAAAAAAAAAAAUCUGUUUUUACCUUAUGGAGUAUUUUCUUGUCCUUGAAAAUUGCUUUAUCUGAUAAUGUCAUCCUCAGACAUAAUGACCGUGUCGACAAAGGCAAACAAAAUACUGAAUUAAUAGAAUAAUGCUGAAAACUACUCAAAUAAAAGCUUCAUAUGAUUAUAAAGCGAACCUCAACAGUUUGGUAUCUACGCAGGUGAAAACACCUCAGACAAGGUAGUUUACAGGUUCUGUUUGGUCCAGGUCUGCUUUCAGCGAAUAAUCAGAUCUACUAUGGUCCAUGUUCCUAUGGCAACCGUACGACACACUAUCAUCAUGGGAUGGAAAAGCCUUGCACAAGAAAAGGGAGCUUCUGAUUUCAUCAUUUUCACCCCGUCAUGCAUUUUAAUUUACCUUUCAUAAGGAUAUAUUGCAUAUGUGUACAUAUACGCAGCGGUGGAAGGAAGACUACUUGCAUUGCAGUUUUUCUGUGGCAGCAAAGUCCUCUAUUGUCAUUUUUUACUUUUGAAGCGUAUCCAAAGUAAAAGUACUGAUAGUGAAAAAGGUUUCUUUCUCUAGUUUUUAGCUUUGGGAUAGUCAUGCUUUAGGAUCAGCAGGAAGGAAGGAAGGAAGGAAGGAAGGAAGGAAGGAAGGAAGGAAGGAAGGAAGGAAGGAAUUAGCAGUAAAAAGUACUUAAGCAUUCAACGUUUAAGUAUUAAUAGUGAAGAAGACACUUUGUAUCUCCUGUUUUGGUGAUUGUCAUGCAUUAAUAUGAGCUGAAAAAAGAAAAGAAGGAAAGAAGUAAUGACGGAUUGAAAGAAAGAAGAGAUACAAAGACAAGGACAGAGGGAAUGUAGAAAAAAUGAGGGAAGGAAAGAAGUAAACAAGAAAGUAAAGACUGAAGGACAAGAAAUAUCAGUGAUAUUUCAUAAUCUUAGUUAACGAAGAUAGAAAAUCUGGAGUAAAUAUUAAAAACUUGACUAAAUUGAGUGUUUCAACAAAUAGAAACAGUCGAGUGAGAUACCAGCACCCCCAAAAUUGUACUUUUGCUUGAGUAAAUGUACUUUUGUUAUUUCCACCUUUGCAUAUAUGUAGGUAUAUACGUAUAUAUUAUUUAAUCAUCUCCGCCAUCCAUUUGCCAACUUUUCAGUUUCAUCCGACUGACACGCAACGCUUUCCUCCCAGCACUUGUCAAACCGUAGCAGAAACAAACACUCGAGGAGCGUUGGGUGUCACUUGGUUCAGUUUUUUCUUCCUCUCUUGACUCAGUAAAUUGCAUGUCCGUGGUUGGGUGAACCUGUAGUCCUGUCUUUUUGGUCAAGUGGAAAAAAAAUACAUAUAAUUUCUCAGUCUGCAUCCAUGGCUACAACUACAGUUGAUAUUUUCAUUCCAUGUCUCACCACUGCUAUCUCCACACCACACGUUCAUUCAAAAACAAACAAAAAGAUGAUAUGGAAAUUGAUGCAUUCAAAAUUAUAUGUACUUGUAUAAAUGGUGCAACAGUAAUAAAAUGUAAGAAAUUGACUGAAACUCGA